ACUUCACCCAAAAAACUGCCUGGGUGUACGGCAGUUUGCCGAGACGAUGAUGUGCGCUGUGCUCUAUGAUGCGGCCAACAGCUUCAUUCACCAGCAUUUCGUAGAGGUGUCCAUGUCAGAGGAGUUCCUGGCCCUGCCCUUGGAAGAUGUGCUGGAGCUCGUGUCCCGGGAUGAGCUGAACGUCAAAUCCGAGGAGCAGGUCUUUGAAGCCGCGUUGGCCUGGGUCAGAUACGACCGGGAGCAGAGAGGACCUUACCUGCCUGAGCUGUUGUCUAGCAUCCGCUUGCCUCUCUGCCGGCCCCAGUUCCUGUCAGAUCGAGUGCAGCAAGAUGACCUGGUGCGUUGCUGCCACAAAUGCAGGGACCUGGUAGAUGAAGCAAAGGACUAUCACCUCAUGCCAGAGCGCCGGCCCCAUCUGCCAGCUUUCAGAACUCGGCCUCGCUGUUGCACCUCCAUCGCUGGGCUUAUCUAUGCUGUGGGGGGCCUCAACUCAGCAGCAAAUUUUUAUGCAGGUGAUUCCCUGAAUGUGGUGGAAGUGUUUGACCCCAUCGCCAAUCGCUGGGAGAAAUGCCAUCCCAUGACCACAGCCCGCAGCCGCGUUGGUGUGGCUGUGGUGAAUGGGCUUCUCUACGCCAUCGGGGGAUAUGACGGCCAACUACGGCUGAGCACUGUGGAGGCCUACAAUCCGGAGACGGACACUUGGACCAGAGUGGGGAGCAUGAAUAGCAAGAGAAGUGCCAUGGGGACAGUCGUGCUGGACGGGCAGAUCUACGUGUGUGGGGGCUACGAUGGAAACUCUUCCCUCAACUCUGUGGAGACCUACUCGCCUGAGACGGAUAAGUGGACAGUGGUGACCCCGAUGAGCUCGAAUCGCAGUGCCGCUGGGGUUACGGUCUUUGAGGGCAGGAUAUAUGUGUCGGGCGGCCAUGAUGGUUUGCAGAUCUUCAACAGUGUGGAGCACUACAACCACCACACGGCCACCUGGCACCCAGCAGCCGGCAUGCUCAACAAGCGCUGCCGACACGGAGCUGCCUCCCUUGGAAGCAAGAUGUUUGUCUGCGGGGGCUAUGACGGUUCCGGCUUCCUCAGCAUCGCUGAAGUGUACAACUCGAUGGCGGACCAGUGGAGCCUGAUAGUACCCAUGCACACACGUCGGAGUCGGGUCUCCCUUGUGGCCAGCUGUGGGCGCCUCUACGCCGUGGGGGGCUACGAUGGACAAUCAAACCUAAGCUCGGUGGAGAUGUAUGAUCCAGAGGCAGACCGCUGGACAUUUAUGGCUCCUAUGGCAUGCCACGAGGGAGGGGUUGGCGUGGGCUGCAUCCCUCUCCUGACCAUCUAAGGCAGAGGGUGGGAUGUGGUGGGGCAGGGAUCUGGUACAAACAUAGGCUCUUCCUUCCAGGGACAGUCCCUCUCGAGAGAGGUGGUGACCCAAAGAUGGGAUGAAAUGUGAGCUUGCCGGGGAUACAGUUUUUCCAGGUGCUUAUUAAGUCCUCCCUCACUGUGCUGUCUUUGAGACCUUCAGGCCUAGGUCAUCAAGAUGCACAGCACAGAGCAGAAGCCAGGUCUGCAGCUGGUGACAUGGAACGAACCGCUUUGCCGGUCCCUGUGUGCACAGGCUCCAUGCGACCACAGCUGCCACCUGCCACAGCUGUGUGGGCUGCCACUGUACAGAGGCCUUCAUCUGCCACUCCACCCCGCCUGCUUGUUCUCCAUCUGUGCUGUGGCCAGUUUGCCAUGGGGAGGCUGCAGGGGCCAAACCUGCUGCAGACUGGGGUGUAGCAGGGAGAGAAAGCGCGCACUCUCAGCGUGCAUCCUGCCAGUGAUGGUGCAGCUGUGGCCGCACACUGCCUCGGGCGCGGAGGAGCGCGUCCUCAUUGCUGGGUCAGCAGGAAGAACAGAAGAUUUUCCCCUGUUUAAUUUUGGGGUUUCAGUGAGGUCUUUUUCAUCUUGUCCAGGAGAAACUGAAGGAGGGGGAAAAAAAGACACUUGAAAGAAACUGAAGGAAAUUUCAACAAAGAGACACUUGAAAGAAACUGGAAAGAAAAAUACUGUUUUUUGGUUUUUUUAAGGGAAUGUUUUUUUGCAGGAAAGGGAAGAGCAUAAAAGACACUAAAGACAAAUGCAAGUUUCAGUGGAAAACUGUCAGACGUGAAAAGGGCAGUAUCCACUCCCACAUUCGGAUCCCAGGGUCCUGAGGCCUCGCACAGCACUUGGGGUUCCCUCUGAGCCCCAGCGAGUGUGGAAUCAGUGCAUUCGUGACUGGUCCUGUAGCAAGGUGCUCCUGGGGUUUGUCUCCACACCCACUAUCAGAGGACGUUUUUAAUCAUAGGCUUAGCGAGUUGGCUGCAUUCCUGCCACUCUUCUAGGUGGGAGCCUCAUGGCUCCAGAUGCCCCUGUGAUUACCUCCCACUGCCACCGCCGUACUCGCUCAGAUUCUCCGCUCCCACACACAUUCCUUCCUUUUUGGACCAGCAGGAAACAGCAGGUCCAGCCGGAUUCUUACCUGUCCACCUAUUGUUGGAAAAUAUUCCUCAUUGUGAUGUCUCUGGGGCACAUUCACCAUUUGUUAUCUCCAGAACCUAACCAGGGGCUUGCUCCUUCUUACCAGCCGUGGGCUGACAUGGUGUGGUAACCUUGUCUGCCCUGCCAUUCCACUGCUCCUCCAUCCACUCGCCAAUUCCAGGGGCCUGGCCUCCCUCCAGCCCUUGGCUGACCGACCAGCAAGGAGGACCUUUACAUGCAAGCAGAGUUGGUUAAGAACUGAAGGCGGAAAGAAUCUCUUGCUGCUGCAAAGAACAGAUUUUAUAUUUCUUCCUCUACUCGUGACGAAUGACCUCUUGAAGAGACUCCAUGCUCCUUCCUUCUUCUUCCUGGAUGGGACCUCAAUGUAGCACAGCAGGACCCAAAGAGGAAGACGUUUUCUGUGACCAGUGCACUGGGCAGUGAUGCUGUCCUUCAACUGCUGCUGCCAAAAUCUGGUUUUCUAAAAUUCUUCCAGUAGAGACUAAAAGGGUUCAAUUCCUUUCACCCAAGGCUGGGCCUUAGGGUUCCAAUCUCCACCUGGUUGGUUUCUUGUCCUUGGCGGUCUGCCUGGGGUGGCCGGGAAGCCUGUUCAGAAAGCUACAAUGUGGAGUCCAGGGUGUGUAGGACCGCGAGAUGAACCAGUGUGUGCAAUCGCCAUGUAUUCAGAGGGCAGGACCUUUGUUAUCUGCAACUUAGGAGCUGGACCUCUGCUAUAAGCACUUGAAAAGGAUUUUUUUUUUAAUUUUAAAAAGUCUCGAAAUUCUGAUAGCUGGUGUAGUUUUUGUUUUUGUUAACCUGGGCUCACGGUGGAGCUCCAGCAUCCCUCCCUGCCUCCCGGUUUUCCUACAGAGGUAAGCUGGGAAGAAGGUUGGGGGUCUGUGUUUCCCUUAGGAUUGUAUCCGUGCUGAUGUAACUGUUGUAAGCCCUUCUGCCAUGAAUGUGAAGCAGCACUGAGGAUCCUGGAUGGUGAGGGUGUCAGUGGAUCCCUGAAUGGGCCUGGCUGGCUCCGUGGGAUGCUGGCUAGAUUCUGCCACUGGCGAUGAUCAUUUUCCAUGGUUUGCUGCUUUGUAGUGGUCUUCCCUCCCAAGUCCACUCCCACUUUCUGGUGUAAAAGUUACGCUGCAGUACCCGAGUGCAGUGUUUCUAAGUCAGAUCGCACCAGUGCUUGAGCACACACCAUUUUUACACGUUCCCCAGAAGGUUCUUCAGUGUGAUUGAUGUCAAAUGGCUGGUCUGGCUCUUUGGUGUUGGAAUCUUUCCCAAACCACCUUGAAGAUGCGUCAUCCAUGAAUAUUGUGGAAAAGAUGGAAUAAGGAGGCAAGACAGACAGUGUGCUCAGUAGGCCUUGGGGUCUAGCCUAGCUCCGAGCAGAGGACUGUGUUAUUUAUUGUGCUUGGGAAUCUAACCUUCUUGGAUAACAUAGGAAACCUUCUUUUCUGGAUUUCACCCGAGAUCACAGUUAGAUGGCGCCCGAAGACCAGCCUCUUGACUUGGCCACAGAAAUAUGAAUAGGUAGGAAUUCUCCUCACAUAUCCCCAAUUUGUUAUUUCCCAGAAAAUCUUAUUUUAUUUAUAGAGCGCAUGUUUUUGUGUUAAGAAACCAAAGAGAGAAAUAAAGAGAAUACUCCUAAUA